AUGCUGAAUGCCAAAGGAGUGGCAUACCGUUCUUGGUUGCUCAUGCGAUGCCGUCAAGUAUGGCCUUCAGCUGAUGAGCUGAUCUGUGAUGACAAGCUGCUUUCCAUGAUUAGUUUUUGGCAGGACCACAGUGAACUCUCCCUUGCUGAACUAGUUUUUCCUAUGCGUUGGGAGGGGAAAAUUGCGGGCUCUGUGAGCAUCGCUUCAGUGCUUGAUUUUCUGAUUCGAAACAAGGUGACAAUCCCUGAAAUCAUUUCUGAGGGUUCGCAGCAGGAAGACGAGCCAACUCCGUGGAUGGAUUGCCCUAUCAUUUCCGAUGAUCCUACGACUGUAGGCUGUCUGCAGGCUGAUUCUUGCACUGUUGUGAUUGAGGGCACCGGAGACUCACCCAUUCGUUUUCAGCCCAAGUGUUGUGCGACUGUCUCACAGUUUUUGCAUGCACACGCAAAGUUGGUUGAGUCCUUGGAUGUUGAAGCCAUUACGUUGAAUGGUUUCCCUAUCUCCCUUGAGCAUGUCAUGGAAGUGGGACAGGUGAUUGUCAUCCGCACACGAAAGCCACAGGUCUUGCCUGAAGCCAUGAUGAGUGGUGAUGUUGUCACUCCAACUGUAGAGUGGUCACAGCCAGUGCAGGAUCCUAUUGAAGCACCUUCCCCACCGCGUAAGGUUUUGAAAAUUUCCAAGUUUGAUGUGGGUGACUGUGGUGUCCCACCUAGUGGCCUCCUGCCUGAUCAACCUUGGUUAGAUGCCACGCCUUUCCUGCAGUUGCAAGGGGAGCAAUUUCUGAAGCUCUCGCCACCUAUGCUAACCAAUACUCAGCAAUUGUGGUCAGUACGACAUCAGUUUUUCCGCUCAAAUGAUCGUCUGUGCAUCCUCGAGGCACAGCAACAAUUUUGGGCUGAUGAUGAAAUUCGGUUUCACAUGAACGCGCUGAUCGCUGCUUUCCGUGAUUACCAGCUUAGGGGCAACACGCCUGAAGUUGUUGAGCUGAUCUCACACAACUUGGGCUUUGAGAACUUUGCGGUACACAGAGUGCCAGACAGCCUGACCCUCCAUACCAACAUGAGAGCCGCCUUUGUUGCACAGUUGUAUGCCAUUGAAAACACCCCGAGGCCAGUGGUGUGGGGUACGGGCAAGCAAGGCACCGGUGCAUUCCGUCCGCUGAGCCCUGCACCUGCCCAACAACAACAUUUAGCCAAAGCAUCCGAUUUGCAUCCACCCCGGCGCGGCCGACAGCCGUUGCCACCUGGACGUGUCUCCGAUCGCCAGGUUGCACAUGUCUCCCAGGCAGUCAACGUAAGUGGGGGAACCGGCCCUGAAGCCGAAGGGUCUCAAGCUGUAGGAAGACAACUUGACCGGCCAGAAUGCCAAAAGCAAGAUGCACCAAAGGUGAGCAAUUUGGCAUUGUCUCACCCCAGCGUCCGCAAAUGCAGUAGUAGCUCCGAUGUGUGCCCAGGUCAGUCGAUGUUUGUGUCCCAGCAGUCGUCCAGUAGCCGUAGCUGUGUUGAAGCUGGACUUCACCCAGGGGAAUCCGGGCCACUCCCUAUAAUGCCCGUGUCUCAUGCUGAGCCUGUUGGAUGUUUGGUAGCCAGACCCAGCGAAGCUCUGGUCUCACACACCUGUGUUGAGGCGCCAACUGGGAGUCGAACGCAGUUGCCCAUGAUGCCGUCUCAUGUUUGCUAUGCCCAUGAUGACCUUGCCCGGAGUAGCCGUGAGGACUCUGCUCAGCCUGCUGACUCCAGUACUUCAAGGGAAUCCGGGCCACUCCCCAUAACGCCCGAUGGUAAUGAACGACAGAUUGAUGAGCACCAGAAUGGUGAUGAAGCAAGUGUGGAGGAGGUUGCUCAAAGGCAAGCGCGACUUCUGCAAGUUACCUCCCAUAGUUAUGCCAUUGCUGAUGAUGAGAUGCAUUUCCAACUUCAACAUUUGAUGCAGUGCUAUGUCCAUACAGACAAGCGUUGUUUCAUGUUUGCACCCCCGCUUGCUGUCUUCCAAUGGAUGUUGGGUGACCCCAAUGACCUUGAUGGUUGGAUCCAAGACAGCUGGAGUGUCAGAGAUGCGGAUCAUUCCCAUUUGCUGGUUGCACUGUUGAUCGAGAGCCAUUGGAUUCCUAUCUGGUUUUCUCCUAGCCCCGAGGGUUUGCAGGCCCACACGUUGGCUGCUUUCGCAAGUGAUGAACCGCUUGUUGAUAGUGUUUUGCACCUUUUUGCGGCCAGGCUUGGCACGAAGCUUCACAUGAUUCAUCGAGUCCCACAUGGUAUUGACAUUGACCGUCUUUGUGGGGUCAUGAAUGCACCAACCAUCUGCUCUUGUGAUGUUGCAGUUGGCAUGUCUCACCUUGACACAAUCAUUGCAGACUUCAUGCGAAGUCCCCACCGGGUGCUGUGUUGUGCCUUGUUGAGGGAUUGCCAUUGGACUCCUGUCCUGGCCUUUAAAGUUGGCCCAAUUGUGUACGUCUUUCUGGAACCUGACAAUGCAAGCUGCCAAUUUCCGGGGUGUUUCACUUCUUUCAUUCCGGCAAAUGACUUGCAAUUUUGUGGUGCUGUCACUUGGGUUGUCCUUGCUAGGGUGUGGAAAUUUGGUGAAGUACUGGGUGAGAUUGCAGACAUUCGCUCCAUGUUGCAGCAGCAGGCCAUGGGACAGUUCCUGCCCACAACAAGGAUUGGCUUUGGCCCUAAUGGACAGAGAGGUAUCACUCCCUGUGGCGUCAUAUUGAAGACCAAGCUGCUCAUCAGGUGGGGCAAGUUUUCUUUGUUUGAGGUCUCCAUGCCAGAGGUUCAGUACCGUGUCGAGAUGCAGUUUGAACCUUUGCGGGAACAUGUCCCGGCUGACGUGCGCAAAAGCAUUUUGGAGUUGCCGGAAGUGCUCACGUGUGCGGGCUGGUCCCUGCAGCCCACGACUCUGCAGGAGUGGAAUUGCUAUUUUGCAAACUUGCCGGCCCCACCACUGCCAAGACAUUUGCCGGGGCUCUUGCAGAGUGCUUAUCGGGCAGAGAUCUUUGCAGUCUUGCGUGCUCUUCAGAUUGCCCAGCAACAUGAUGGCAGGGUCUCUGCACAUCAACCUGAUGAUGCAGGAGAUGUCUACAAAGAAUGGUGCUUCCGACACAAUGGUAUUGCUGAUCGUCACGCCGUCCGAGCCAAUUUGACUAGGGAUACUGACUUCUGGACUUUGUGGAGGCGCCAUUGCACUGCUUGUGAAGGGAUUGCAUGGUUUAACACGCAUGUACAUGAUGUCCAGUUGGCCAUUAGUCGAGAAGCCACACGUAAUGGGUCCCCUGCUAUCCCGCAACCACUGCAUGAACCAGCCUGUGCACGGCCGUGCCCAAGCUGGGUGUCCCUGCCUCCUUUGCAAGUACCUGCGGCCGCGGUUCGUUGGUAUGGUGAUUCAUUGGUAAGACACAUUGUCAGCUGGUUUUGGGCUACCACUUUUUCAGGUGUCCAUGAGAUGGUCUGGGUGUCGCACUUUCAGCUAUAUGUUGACUUCAUGCUCCUGACUGGUUUACCUGGCCCAGUCAAACAGGAGCGUUGGUGCGAUGGACAGACGUUGACACCCCUGUGUUUGGGCAACUAUGCAUUUCGUACACGUGCUAGGUGGUUUACGAAAGUGUUGAAGGAGAUCCUGCGGCAUAUGAGGGUCACCCUCCAUUCUGACUAUGGUCGCCCUGCCUCGCAGAUGGUUUUGAUGCACGCAGGUAUCAUUGCUGUUCCAUGGCCCCCUGAACGGCUCCAGAUGGUGGAUGAAUGGAUGCUGUCUCAUGGUGGGGUUACCUUUCGCAGGCAGACAGUGGCGAUCGACAGCCUGCCCACUGCCGAGAGAUCUUCGUUGUUUCCACCCCAUUUAGUUUCAACCUUUGGCCUCUGA